GAUCGAUGCCUAGAUCUAUAUUCUUAUUAUUGAGAAAUACAUUCUUUUUCAUGUAAAUAUCAAGCUAAACAUUUUACAAAAGUUUAUUUUAGGCUUUGUAAAAUAACACUCAAAGCGUAAAUAUAAAUGCACUGUGGCUUUAUGUUCAUGAAAUAGGCUUUUGACAUACAACAGUAAAAUAUCUGGCUUUUUAUUACAGGGGAAUAACUUCGACGUAUCCAAUCAUGAAAAAGGUGUGUAUCCGUUCUGCCAAUGAGUGUUUCGAUUGCGAAUAGAAAUCUAUUAAUAGCUAUAAACACUUGACCAUCUCGUGUGUGUUCUGCGAGUGAGCUGGUGUUGUCGUUAGGGAAGCCACAUCUUGCAUGUUGUUUUAAUUUGCCCCCUAAUCAUAUUUUUUGUAGUUCUAUAUAAGCUUGAGAACACAACCAUGACAGAUCACACAAGACCGACCGUUCCUAAUCCUGAUCUAGAACUAGUCGAGGCACUUCGCCGUAUAACAGCUGUCAGACAUACAAGUUUAUCUGGGGACGAAGACCAUCACCUGGAAAUGUCAACUAAAACUCACAGUGCUAUUUCUGACGCUAAGGUACGAUCAUUUUCAUUAGACUCGUACAGCUCUAAGGCUAAAGCUGAUUCAAAACUUAAAGACAUUAGACAUUUACACACGAACGGUCACGAUCUUCAUAAUGAGGUUAACCACAACAUUACAGACACAGCUGACGAUGUAAAAAUCACAGAAGCUAUAGAUCAGGACAGUGAAAAUGAAAUUGUUACUCUUAAGGAAAAACCCCUGGCAAAAAUUUCUUACAGUGAUGAUGACAUUGCCAGUGACAUGGCUGUUCAGUAUAAAAAAAUUCUUGAACAUUUAGGAGAGAAUCCAUCUCGACAAGGGCUGCUCAAGACACCAGAAAGAGCUGCUAAAGCUAUGAUGUUUUUUACUAAGGGCUACAAAGAAAAUAUUGCAGAUGUUUUGAACGAUGCUGUGUUUGAUGAAAACCACGACGACGUGGUGAUUGUAAAAGACAUUGAAAUGUUCUCCUUGUGUGAACACCAUUUGGUCCCUUUCAUGGGCAAGGUACAUAUAGGCUAUCUACCCAACAACAAAAUUUUAGGUCUGAGUAAAUUAGCCAGAAUAGUUGAAGUAUAUAGCAGACGCUUACAAGUUCAAGAACGGCUCACCAAACAAAUAGCUUUAGCCAUUACAGAAGCCAUUCAGCCAGCAGGAGUUGGAGUUGUUGUAGAAGCAUGUCACAUGUGCAUGGUGAUGAGAGGGGUCCAAAAACUAAACAGCAAGACUAUAACCAGUACAAUGCUAGGAGUUUUCAGAGAUGACCCUAAGACCAGGGAGGAAUUUCUGUCUCUAACUUUAACUAAAUAAUUGAUCUUACAUGAGAGCUAUAUUAAGACAGCUUGGAUUAUUUAAAAAAUACUCCUGCUCAAAAUGUUUACAUUUACGCAUUGCUGAGACCAAGCCAGUACUGUUUUCAUUUUUAUUUUUAUAAUUUUUAUUUUAAUAAUUUUGUUUUUAGAAGAGAUAUGUGAUGCUUAUUAUAUUUAUUUUGAAAAAAACAAUAAACUACAUUUUGAAUAAGACUAGCUUAUACUAAAGUACCUGUAUUUCAUGACUCCAAGUUUAAAUGAUCAAUUGCAUUGUAUCUUUACUUUUGGAGAAAAAAAACAAGUUGUCAGCUGUUAUCAGGUUGAGUUUUAAAAAACAAAAUAAAGAAUAAAAAAUUAUUCAUAGGCUAUAUUUUUAAUUAAAGUGUAUCAUAAUUAUAUUCUCAUUACAAUAUGAAAAAUGAAACUUUUUAAAUAUCAAGCUCAUUUUUAAAAAAAGUAGAUGUUUCAUAAAAAAAUGAUUUUAAAGCCUUUAAAUUCAAAAUCGAAUUUAUACUAUGUUCCUACUAAUAGAAAUUAAUAUCUACAUUAGUAUUCAUUUUCUUUCACUACAUGUACCUAGAGAAAACAUAAAGUGACCAUAAAUAUUAAUUUCUUUAGAUUAUUGAUUAAGUGCUUUCUAAUUUCAUUGAAAAUAUGUAUGGGUGCAUUACAUACAGCAAAAUUGUAUUUUUAUCUGAAAGAGAAAAUACAUUUUUAACUUUUUUU